GGGAUGGAGGUGGAGGAGGCGUUCCCGCUGGUGGGGCAGAUGGGGCCCUACCAGGUGUAUCUGUGCGUCCUGCUGGCCGUGCUCCUCCAGGGUGAUCCAGUCAUAGCAGUGGCAAGUCCUGUUCCAGCCCUCUGAGAUGCAGUAUAUGAGGCCAUGCUAGAUAAGUAUAUUUGCCUUUCUUAAGUGUUGUUGUAUAUAGUCCAGCAUACUACAAAAAUGCAAAAGCUUUAGGCUAUGCUGCCUGAAGCAAUUCUGGAUGCAUGUUUUCAGUCUACCAGCAUGCUGUCAGUUGCUGUGCUGUUUAAACAUAUAGUAAAACUUCUCUAAAUUUCUGUCACUGAACCUGAUGCCUUGUAGGCCAAGACUGUAAGGGUUUUUUCAGGAUGGUGUACUUUGUAAUAUGCCGAAACGUUGUAGCACCUGCUUCUCCAUUCUAGGUCUCUAGCAAAUUCCAGGUCUCCUUAGUAUCAUGUACAUUGGCUGUACCUCCUAUGUUAUUUUGAAGAAAAAAAUGUAUUUAUGGUAACUUUUAAUGUUUCUGUGGUAGGUAGCACACUAGGUGUUAUUUUAAUCAAGAGGCUGAUACACCAGAGUAGAGGAAUCCUAUUGAGCUCUUUUCAAUCCUCUCUGUGGAGAAAUCCAGCUUGCAGGAAGUAACAGCAACCUGUCUCUUGAUGCUCUAUGUGGCCACUGAAGCCAUCCUCAUCGCAUUGGUGGGCGCAACUCCUCCCUACCACUGGGAUCUCCAAGAGCUUUCAGCUAAUCAGAGCCAUAGCAACCAGUCAGCGAGUGAGCAGAGAGCUUUUGGCGAAUGGCUUCUGACUGCCAAUGGCAGUGAGGUGCAUAAGCACGUACACUUCAGCAGCAGCUUCACAUCAAUAGUCUCUGAGUGGUUUUUAAUUGGCAACACAUCGUACAAAGUCAGUGCUGCCAGUUCUUUCUACUUCAGUGGUGUGUUUGUUGGAGCAAUCUCCUUUGGCCAACUCUCAGAUCGCUUCGGAAGAAAGAAAGUCUAUCUCACAGGUUUUGCCCUCGACAUCUUGUUUGCCAUUGCAAAUGGAUUCUCACCCUCAUAUGAAUUCUUUGCCAUCUCUCGCUUCUUGGUAGGGAUGAUGAAUGGUGGGAUGUCACUGGUGGCCUUUGUUCUACUGAAUGAGUGUGUGGGUACUGCCUACUGGGCUUUAGCAGGAUCUAUUGGUGGCUUGUUCUUUGCUGUGGGAAUUGCCCAGUAUGCUUUAUUAGGCUACUUCAUUCGUUCCUGGAGGACUCUGGCUGUUGUGGUUAACCUGGAAGGAACAGUUGUCUUUCUUCUCUCUCUAUUCAUUCCAGAGUCCCCUCGCUGGCUCUAUUCACAAGGCCGGCUGAAUGAAGCAGAAGAUGCUCUCUACCUCAUUGCGAAGAGGAACCGCAAGCAGAAGUGCACUUUUUCAUUAAAACUUCCAGCAGAGAGGAGCUCUAGAGAGGCUGGCAGCUUCUUGGAUCUGUUCCGAUAUAAGAUUCUCUUGGGACGCACCUUGAUCAUGAUGUUUACCUGGUUUGUGUGCAGCUUGGUUUACUAUGGUCUAACCCUUAAUGUGGGUGACUUAGGUGGAAGUAUUUAUGCCAAUUUAGCCCUUUCAGGGUUGAUAGAAAUCCCAGCAUACCCAAUCUGUAUUUACUUGAUUAACCAAAAAUGGUUUGGUCGGAAGCGAACAUUGAGUGCAUUUCUGUUCCUGGGAGGACUGGCUUGUCUUAUUGUCAUGUUUCUACCUAAAAAGAAAGAUACUGGAGUGUUUGCAGUGGUGAAUAGUCGCUCUCUGUCUUUGCUGGGGAAACUGACAAUCAGUGCUGCAUUUAACAUUGUCUACAUCUACACCUCAGAACUUUAUCCCACAGUGAUCAGGAAUGUUGGAAUGGGUGCCUGCUCCAUGUUUUCCCGUGUUGGUGGAAUCAUUGCUCCUUUUGUCCCUUCAUUGAAAUCUGUACAGUGGUCUCUGCCUUACAUUGUGUUUGGAGCGACAGGUCUUUUAUCUGGGCUCUUAAGUUUAUUGUUGCCAGAGACCUUAAACAGCCCUUUGCUAGAAACGAUUUCAGACCUGCAGGUAUGCUCGUACUGGAGGCUAGGUGAUGAAGCCAUGUCAUUGCAAGCCCUAGAUGGCUCACAGUCUGGAGACAAAGACAGUUCUGCAGGGAGUGGAAGUGAAGAUGAGGAGUUUUAUGAUGCAGAUGAAGAGACUCAUAUGAUCAAGUAAUGAAAAGAAGAAAUCACUGGCCUAUUUUAUGCCUCUUCUUACUUGUCCAGUCAGUCCAGCUGUAAGAUGAGUACUGGGGACCUCGCCUGUCAGGGAAUGUACUUGGGCAAGUGCUUGUGUUUUUCCUGACUAGGAGAGGGGUUUGAGUACCGUUCAGACUAAUUACACCACUGAUGCUCUCCAUAAAAGACAGCUGUUCAAAUUCUUGCGGUUCAGAAUGACAGUGCAUGGACUGCAUUUGAAGCCAGGUGAGACAGCAAGGGUGGGAUUGUGCAUUUCUGAAGCCUAGGAAAUUACCUAAGCUUAGGCAGAUUUGGACAGAUUAUCAAUGCACGUGCUUGUAUUUUAUUUUCAAGGUGGCUGAUUUUGGUUCAGUAUAUAUUGAUAAACUUGAAAACAUCCACUGUUGUUUUUUUCUGUAGAGUGAAAGUGGUCACAGAAUGUGCUCUGUGCUACUCCAAUGGGAACAAAUUCCUGAAAUUGUAUGUUAAAAUGACUUCUGGGUAUUCAGUAGAGGAGAGGCAACUAUGAACAUAAGGUUUCUCUCUCUGCACAUAGACACCUGUAUAGAGUUAGAGGGUGCAGCUCGUUAGUCAUGAGCAGUGCAUUAACUUAGUGAUAAUGGAAGGACUACAGAAAAGAGCAACCAUGAAGCCUGCAGACAUAAAGGACAUUGCUGAUUUUUUUUCCUUCUUUUCAUCCAUCAAGCAUUUUCUUGGGCUGUCUUAUGCAUAUGUUUGUCACAUGUUCCCCACAUCUCAGCACUGCUGUUUAUAGCUUUGCCUGCUUUUACCUUGUCCUCACUUUGCCAAAAUUAUUGAAGCUCAGCAACUUCUCUGUGCAAUGAGAUAAUUCUAUGAAGGAUCUAAGUUCAUGGGUGGGAUGUAGGUGAGGUAUUUAUCACAUACUGUGUGUGUGAGGUGUGUAUUAGAAUAUAUAGCUCAUUUUCGUGGACCUAUCUGUGUCUUUAUUUCUGGAAGAAACUUAACUCUGAAGUGGUAAGAGGAACUAUGGGUCACUGUUUCAUUUUGGGGAUUAUUGCCAGGAAGCUGCUAGUAUUUAUUCAAAAUUCCUAUGUGUAGAUAAAGUUCUAUUUAAAAAAAAAAAAGGGGGGGGUAAACCUCUUUGAGACAGGAUUUGGUUACUUGACAUUAUCCCUUAACCAGGUGCUUGCUCAAGCACUUGGUUGCUUGACCUUGAGGAAGACAACUUCACUCUCCUGUUUACACUGAUUUUUCUGUAAGUGCUUCAUUAGAGGGAUAUGGAAUCUUGAAAUAUGAACGUAUUAAAUGUUCCAUUUACAAAGAUGAGGCCUUACAAGGAUUCAGUUUUCUUGAUUACAUGGUCAUCUUCAUCCUCUAGCUCAUGGCUUUCUAUUUAUUAAGAUUGACUUCCAUAAAAUGUUUGUUAGUCUUUAUACUUGGAGUUCCUAGCAAUGGCAGAAAGUAUAUUGUCAGGCUCGCUAGCCAUUUUUGUGGAUGUUAGACUAAAAGAACUGGUUUAAAAAAAAAAAAUCAAAAAGCUGACUACUGAACAUUUUCUGGUUAAACUGGGAAGCUCCUUUACUCUGUGAAAGCGUGAAGUGAAAGUAAACAUCUGAAGUUUGCAGCUAGCUGCUUGAACUUUGUACACUGGGAACUGUAACGCUGAGCAAAGUGCAACUGCUCUGAUUGGUGCAGAGGGCAGCCCAGAGACUGCAGAUUCAUGCAUGCAGUACUCCCACUUGGCUUGAACUUGAUCCAGGCAUUGACUGUGAGAAAAGCUGGGAAUUUCAGUCCCUGUGGACAAUAUGUCAGUAUUGUUGUGGGUUUUGCCUGUGUUAUGAGCUUCACUAGAAGAAUUCCAGUCUGCGGUCUUCACUUUGUUUUUUCCAGACUGUUGAAUAUUUGUUGAUGUGGCAGGACACUUUUAAACCCAGCUGGGUAGUUUUUCUGCCUUAUUUGGCCCUUUCGUAUGCAAGAAAAUUGCUCCAAAUAAGGUACUUGGAAAUACUUGGAAAGAUUGAAUCUAUUUGCUCAAAGAAUUUUUUUAGUUUUGCAUUCACAGUUUGAAUUAUGGACAGCUGGAAAAAUGGCUUUUUGUUUUGUUGCUGAUGGCUUCUAACUAAAACCUGCUUACUUAAAAGCAAACGGUGCUAAGCCUGGUGGUAUUAACGUGGCCAAGAACCAGUAAGUUUUUCAGGUGUUUGCUGCCCCUGUCCAUCUUUGGACGGUAGGUGGAGUAAGUUACCUGAGAGGCAGACAGAAAUGGUUAGUCUUCCUCUCUGCAUAGUUUCAGUGGCAACCUUGGUCAUGCCACAGGACACCUGAACAUAAUUUUCAUUAGAACAGUAGGAUGCUGUAGCAGUUCAGGUGGAGGAGAUCACUUUUUGCAGGACCUGAGCUGGAUUUUGUGACAGUCCUCAACUUGUACUUAAACUUACCUCUCCACUCAUGCACUUUGAUAUCAUAAGUGUACAUGUCUAAAAUUGCAAAAA